AAAGUGCACAAUCCCACCAAAGGUUUUCCCCCAAAGAAAGAUCUUACUCUCGCACAUUCCUACCACCUUUCCACACCCUUCUUUAUUGUCUCAUCGACGCAUCACCACUCCAACGCAACUCCAACGCAACUUCAUCAAAUCGUCGCGUAUUUUUUCGCUAUGCCAACUCCAAGCAAGGCGUCUGCCUCUGCCAAAGAGAAGGACCGACGAAAAUCAUCCGGCAAAUCUUCGAAUCUCAUCACCCUGCGCGUCCCGUCCAUCAAGCUUAAGAAGCUCCUCGACCCGACAUCCGUUAAGGAAGAGUCGCCCGUGAAGGAGUCUCCUACUUCGACUACCCUUCCCAGCGAGCCAGCUCCGGCCGCGUCAAAUGGCGACAAUGGUUCCGCGUCUAGUCCCGGUACCCCAGCCGCCGCGGGAACGCCGUCGCAGGUGCCCAUGGGACCCCCGACAGAGGCUCCCAAGAAGAAAGGCGUGAAGAGAAGUGCUGCUACGGCGAAUGGAUCUGACCCAACAGCUAAGAUUAGGGGCAAGCCUGGCCCCAAGAAGAAGCCUAGAUUGGAGGACGGCACUAUUGAUCCUAGUGGACGAGCCAACGGAGGCAACUAUCACAAACUCGGACCGAAGGCAAAUCAGGGUGCUAUCAACGCCGGGCUUCGCGCACUUGAUCGCUCAGGUGCUCCCUGCCGGAAGUGGAACAGGGGUGGCUUCAGAGUCAAGAGUUUUACUGGUGUGAUCUGGGAGGUUCCUCGUUGGACCGCCCCGCCUAAACCUAAGCCCCAACCCACAGCAGAGGGGACUGCUGCCUCUGCCGAGAGCAGCAAUAAAGAAAACAAAGAGGGCAGCCAGUUAAAGAGCGAGAAUAGCAAUAGCCAUGUUGAUGGUGAACAGCAAAGCAUGCCACCAAGUGUUAACGCGAGCUCGCCGGCUCCCACACCUGUUGCCGCUGCUUCUUAGGCGAUGCCUUACAUUGGCAUUCCAUUAUAAUGGCGCCAUUGGCCGCCACGUGUAUUUGAUAAGGGUCUACAGGGUUGACGGAAAAAGCAAGGCGUUUAGGACCGCAGCUACGAUGCGAGCUUAGGGGUGACGAGGGGUCACAUUACUCGUACUAAUAGACUGCGAGGUGCUUGCCUCAGGUCCCAAUGCAGUCUCGGUUUAGAGGGCAGAUUCAGAUUUGCUUUACAUGGCGUUAGAGGGAUAGGGGGAGGACUGUACACUAUGCUUUACAUUCUGGCGUUGCGACUA